AUGUGGAAGAAGGCUCGAGUUAACAAAAAAGGGGAGUAUGAGAACGACGACGUUCAACAAGUUGUCCAUAAAAUUGAUGAGAUUUCAAUGAAUACGUCUUCAUCGUCUCAAAAAGGACACUCUUCUAACGAUGUGUUAACCCAAGCAUUGGGUACAAAAGAGCAUCACGGUCGUGUUCGUGGGGUCGGUGGGUAUGUUACUCCUACCAAUUACUUUCAUUCUGUAAAAAAGACAUCUAAACGUGAGGAUGAGAUUAUACUUGAGAAUAAAGAACUUCGAAGGCGUGUAAGCGAAUUAGAAGCACAUAUCCACUCAAACUUGUCUAGACCAUUAUCUGGACAUGGUAGCUGUUCGAAGCCAAAUAUCUUAGAAGAGAGUGACUCGAUGAAAAUAAUCAAAGGGAAGAGUAAGUUGAUGGAUAAAAUCGAAGGGAAAGAGGUGGAGGAGAUCAAUGUAAAUGACGACAAAGUAGAGUUGGACAUCUUUAAGGUAUGUGAUCGAUCCUCUAAUAAACUCAAAUUCUUAAUAUUCAUAUCGUAUUGAAAGUGAAUGUUUUUCUUGAAUUAGGAGAGAG